AUGACGCCCUGGCGGAACAAUGACACAGCAAUCUGCAAGAAAGUCACGGCGCAGACGUUCUUCCAGUCUGGUGGCCAGCAGCAAUACUUUGUUGUAGAGCAUAUUGUGCAGGAAGAAGAGGAGGGAGACGAGGUAGUGGAGGGCAACGUCAACGCAGCAGACCCGCAUGUAGCAUCAGAUAUUGUUGAUUGGCGGCUUGCGGAGUGGGAAACAACAAAGAAGGCACACAAGGAAGCAGCAUGUGUUAUGGAUGCCCGUGUUGCAAAAACCGAUAGAUCUGGCUGGCUGAAGCGGACAGGUUGGCUAGAGCACUUUGCCAGUCAGAAUCUAGAGCACCUUGCCCACCAGGCACGGCUGCCUGAUCAAGACGAAGUGAGGCUACAUCGGGCAGCAAAGUUAACUGAGCUGCUGGUGGAGAGGAGUGUGAAGGAGCUCUCAACGCUUGCGCAGCAGACAAGGCGGUGGCUGCGGAGCGCAAAGAUGCAGGAGGUUGAUCAGCGGCCCAUGGCCCGAUCCAGAGAGUCAGGCUCGCUACGCUGGCAGAGGCAGAGGCGAAGUUGGCAGCUAGGGUUAGGGUUAGGGUUAGGGUUAGGGUUAGGGUUAGGGUUAGGGUUAGGGUUAGGGUUAGGGUUAGGGUUAGGGUUAGGGUUAGGGUUAGGG